UAGGAGGGAGGCAAUAUUGUGGUGCAAAGGCGCCACCACAUCCAAAAAUAGUUGGUUUACCUUUGGUUUGCUCCUGCUCCUUCUCCUUCUCCCAUGCGGCAAUGCCGCCUAGCCUAGCUACCUCUUCUUUUUUUCCUUUCUCUUCCCAACUUGGCCCGUAUCUGAUUUUUUUUUUCUUCAUCCCUUACCACAUGCCAUGAACGGAGAUAAUGAAAGCGGAUUUCAAUGAGGUACCCUACGUCAAGUCUAUCCAUGAUAAUUUUCUAAACUGGACAUUCUGUAAACUCUUGUAUCCUACAGAAUGGAUGAAGUGAAUGAGGAAAAUGGGCCACAGAUACUUGUUCCUUCUGAAUCUAUUGAUCUAGUGACAAGUUUGUUUGAUUCAGAACCUCCUACAUCCUUUGAUUUCUCUAAAAGUGUCCCGGUUGUUCAUAGUAGACAUUUAAGUGAGGAUUUAAGUGCCCUUACAAUUAAUGAUCUACGCUUGAACAAUGGAGACAACAAUUGCAAUGACCAGAUUGAACAGAAUGGCAUAAAUAAUCACUCUAGACAUUUUAGUGAAGAUUUAAGUUGCCUUGCAACUAAUGAUUUUUAUGUAAACAAAGAAGAGGAGAAUGAUCAUUACUCGAGUGAACAAAAGGUAGAAAGUCUCCCUAACUCUGCUGAAAGAAACAUUUAUAAGGCAGCAGAGAUUGCUGAGAGGUUCAUUCAGUCUAUGAAUAAUAGGGUGUUUGUCGACACCGGAGCACCAAUAGAAUCUGUCAAAGAUGCUGUAAGCAAAUUUGGAGGCAUUCUUGAUUGGAAAGAGAGACGUAAGCAUGUCCAAAUUGAACUUGACAAAGCACUAGAAGAUGCUCCUAAGUACCAAAAAAGAGCGGAAGUUGCAGAAGUUGAGAAAAAUAAAGUUGUCAUGGAAUUGUGUAACACUAGGAGAGCCAUUGAAGGGUUGAAGCUAAAUUUGGAGAAGACACAAAAUGAGGCAAUACAAGCACAACAAGAUUCAGAGCUUGCUGAUGUACGGUUCAAAGAGAUUCAACAGGGAAUUGCCUUCAGAGAGAGUGCCGCAGCAAGAGCAGAGAUUGAGCUUGCAAGAUAUCGCUAUGCUAGUGCCAUGGCAGAACUACAUUUAGUAAAGGAUGAGAUUGAACAACUUCAGAAGGAGUAUCAAUCCUUAAACACUAUGAGGUACAAUGCUGAAACAAAAGCAUGUGAAUCUAAUGUUGCAUCUCAGAAGAUUGAGGAAACUGUGGAUGACCUUACCCUCGAAAUUAUUAGAUUAAAAGAGGAGCUCACCUCUUCACAAGCUACUCAUAUUAUAGCAGAGGAACAAAAAUUGAAUGUUGCUUUAGCAAAUCAACAAGAAAAGGAGAAAUGGCAGAAUGAACUAAGGCAAGCUGAUGAAGAGGUCCAAAGUUUGCGUCAUGCAACAUCGGUCAACAAAGAUCUUGAAUCUAAGCUAAAAAAUGCCUCUACACUUUUGGUGAAGUUGCAAGAUGAGUUUUCUAGUUAUUUGAAAGGGGAAUGCACACAAGAGGUUAGUAUAGAUGGAGAUGCAGAGAGACAACCAUUGGUGUUUAUCAAGAUGAAGCUAGCAAAUGCUAGGAAGGAGCUUGAGGACAUGAGAGCAGACAUUAAAAAAUCCAAGGAUGAUGUUAGGAAACUUUGGAAUGUCGCAGCUACAUUUCGGGCUGAUAUAGAUAGGGAGGAGGCAGGUCUACUAGCAUUAGAGCACAAAGAGCACCUUGCUUCGAUUUCUGUAUCAUCUCACCAGGAAGAGCUAAGCAACAUUACAUAUGAGCUCAACAUCAUCCAUGAAAGAACAAAAGCAACUAAGAUGCCUAUAGAGCUACAACAAGCAACUGAAGUUGUGGAACAAGCAAAAGCUAAGGCUUUGAUGGCCCAUUAUGAGGUGGCAAAAGCUAGGGAAGAUGCAGAUCAAGUUAAGUCACAAUUAAAUGUCAUUAAAUUGAGACUAGAAGCGGCGUCAAGGGAGAUACUUGCAGUGAAUGCAUCUAAAGAAAUUGCAACCACCUCAGCAAAUGCAUUGCAAGAAUACAAAGAUGAAGCACAUAUAGAGCCCCAAGAUGAGCAGAUAAGAAAUAACUAUAUGACAUUAUCACUUGAAGAGUAUGACGCCUUGAGCAAGAAAUCCCAAGAUGCUGAACGCCUCGCUAAGAAGCGAGUCAUCAAGGCUAUUGAGAAAAUCAAAGAAGCCAAGGAUGCAGAGGUGAGGAGCUUGAAUCAGCUAGAGCAGUCGACCAAGAAGAUCUAUGAGAGGAAGUUGGAGCUAAGGGUUGCGCAGGAGAAAGCCAAUUCAGCGCAAUAUGUCAAGCUAACCAUGGAGAACGAGCUGAGAAAGUGCAAGGCCAAGCAUGAGCAACAGAAGAAAGUGGGCGAGUCAGUCCAUUCCAUUUCUGACGUCCCCAAUUUGAAGAGUGGAUCAUUGUCUUUUGACGCAGCAUCUUCAACCUCCAAUCCUCACAUGGUUGGAGCAUUGUCUAGAGCUGACACUAUAGCAACAACUAGAGUGAAAGAGCCAAAACCACGAAAGUCACUCUUUCCAAGGUCCGUAGUGGCCAUGUUCGUGUCUAGGAAGAAGACACGUUGACCAUUACAUUCCUAUCCACUAAUAAUAUUGUGCUAAAUUCUUCGGUAUGGUUCAUUCGUAAAUGUACUCAUGUAGCACAUAGGUUACAAUUGGAACAUAUGUGUAGAGUUGCUUCAGAAAUAUAGUUCAAUUUAUGUUAUAGAUUAUAUUGAGCACCACACAUUGAGUUGA